AUGGCGGAUCAGAAUGAACGUUCAUUCCAAAAGCAACCUACGGUGUUUUUGAACCGUAAAAAAGGCAUUGGUGUGAAACGUAGCCGCAAGCCACUGAGAUACCACAAAGAUGUGGGGCUCGGUUUCAAAACGCCCCGUGAGGCAACGGUGUUCCUCAACCGUAAAGGAGGUUUGAAGAGGAAGGAUAUGAGACAUCAUAAAAAUGUCGGUCUAGGUUUCAAGACGCCACGUGAGGCAAUUGAAGGCACAUACAUCGACAAGAAGUGUCCGUUCACUGGAAACGUGUCGAUCCGCGGUCGUAUCCUCACUGGAGUUGUGCAGAAGAUGAAGAUGCAGCGCACAAUUGUCAUCCGCCGAGACUACCUUCACUAUGUGAGAAAGUACAACAGAUUCGAGAAGAGGCACAGGAAUAUGUCUGUACAUUUGUCACCUUGCUUUAGGGACGUUGAACUUGGAGACAUUGUGACCAUCGGUGAAUGUAGGCCUCUCUCCAAGACUGUGAGGUUCAAUGUUCUGAAGGUCUCCAAAGGCAAGGGUUCCAAGAAAUCGUUCAAAAAAUUCUAA